AAUCCACAGAUCGCACAUCAUCAACAUCAGCUUCCACACCAACAACUGAAAGGCUGAUCAGCACACAUGCAGUAGGAUCAACAACAGAAACUACUUCAAGUACCACUACUUCAUCUACAAAAACCCCAGAAGUUCUGACAUCUUCGACAUCAGUUUCCACAGUGACUACCAGUAGCUCAACAACUUCACCUGCCAUAAUGGAAUCUUCUGCAAGUACCACCUUGUCAACUCCAAAAAUCAUAGAAGCUCAAACAUUUUUGGAAUCAGCUUUCACAUCGACAAACAGCAGUCCAACAACCACCACUGCAGCAGCCCCAACGAGAGAAGCUUCCUCAAGUACCACUAAGUCAUCUCCAAAAACUACUGAAGUUCUAACAUCUUCAAUGUCAUCUUCCACAGUGACAAGCAGCAGCUCAACCAGUUCAGCUUCAGCAGCCUCAAUGACAGAAACAUCUGCAAGUACGUCUUCAACUCCAACAACCACAGAGGCCCUGACAUCAUUGACAUCAGCUUCCACAGUGAAAAGCAGUAGCCCCACCAGUACAACUUCUGUCAACUCAACAAGUCAAACCACCACAUAUACCACAACUUCAUCUCAAAAAAGCACAGAAGGUCUGACAUCCUCAACAUCAGCUUUCAUAGCAAGAAGCAGUAGCCCAACCAGUUUCACUUCAGUAGCCUCAACAACAGAAACACCUGCGAGGACUGCUUCAUCACCAAUAGGCCCAGAAGCCCAGACUUCUUCGACAUCAACAUCCACAGCAAGAAGCAGUAGCCCGACCAGCACGACUGUGGCAGCCACAACAGAAGCUUCUGCAAGUACCACUACUUCAUCUCCAAAAGUCACAUUAGCCUUGACAUCUUCAACACCAGCUUCCAGAGUGACAAACAGUAGCCCAACCAGUUCAACUUCUGCAGCAUCAACAGGAACUUCUGAAAGUACCACUGCAUCUCCAAAAACCACAAAAUCAAUUGCUCCCUCAGGAACCAGCAGCUUGACAGCAACAACUGCACCCAGCCGAAUCAUCACCGCUACCAGUGUCACCACAGCUGCCACCACUAUGGGAUCUGCACUGAUCAACAUUCAGGUGAAAAUUAAUACUACAGGACGUGUCCCCAAUGACCAAGACAUUCUGAGCGCAGUCAAAUCUCUCCCAAAUCCACUGCUUUCAAGCAACAUGAUCACCUUGACUCAGCCUCAGAAUACCCAGGAUAUCACUGUGGCAAAUACGUCCAACAAUUCCUUUGUCAUCAACUUCGGAUUCCAGGUCAACAAUGUGAACAUGUCAAAGGAUGCCCAGCUCAGAAAUGAGACUCAUGAACUGAUUCAGGACUGUGUCAAUAAAUUGCUGUCAUAA